CCGCAGGACGGUCACACUACCUCUGCACGUUUGUUUUUGCGCCUCCUGCUUUUGUUUUGAUUUGUGGUGAAGCCGUGAGGGAAAUGGCCGAGGGAGUGGAGAGCAUCAAUCUGGAGGCGCUGUCGCUGAGCGAGGGAAUCCGGGAGUCGCCCGUGUGCAUACUGGUGCUGGGAAUGGCCGGCAGCGGUAAGACCACGUUCACACAGAAGCUCAUCCAGCACGCCCAGGAGAAGUUCAAUCCCUACGUGGUGAAUCUGGACCCGGCGUGCAGGGAAGUGCCGUACGCGGCGCACGUGGACAUACGGGACACGGUCAACUACCGGGAGGUGAUGAAGCAGUACCAACUGGGUCCGAACGGCGGCAUUGUGACCGCGCUCAACAUGUUCACCACGAAAAUGGCGCAGUUUGCGGAGCUAGUGCGUCGCGCCGGCGAGCGCGGACACAAGUGGUGUGUGAUCGACACGCCCGGACAGAUCGAGGUAUUCACCUGGUCGGCUUCCGGGAGCAUCAUCACCGAGGGACUGGCCACCAUGUUUCCCACCAUUGUGAUCUAUGUAAUGGAUGUGGAGCGCAGUGCUUGCCCUACCACCUUCAUGUCCAACAUGCUGUACGCCUGCUCCAUCCUGUACAAGACCCGCUUGCCCUUCCUUGUGGCGCUGAACAAGAUCGACCUGAAGGACUGCGGAUUUGUGAUGGACUGGAUGACAGACUUCGAGGCCUUCCAGGAGGCCCAGGAGGAGGAGCACAGCUUCGUGAGCAACCUCACGCGCACCAUGUCGCUCACCCUGGACACCUUCUACGAGAAUCUAAGAACUUGCGGCGUCUCGGCCAAGACAGGCGUGGGUUUCGCCCAGCUAUUGGCGAAGAUUCUCGAAAGCGUGGACGAGUACGAGACGGACUUCAAGCCUGUUUACGAAAAGAAGCGUCAAGAGCGACUGGCGCAGAGUGCAACGGGUCCAAAGCCAGUGGAUCAUGUGGAAGAGGACGGCGUUGCCGUUCCCCUGGGAUUGUCGCUUCAGGACCCACCGCCGCUCACUGGAAACAGCAUUUUCUUAAUGGCACCUAGUCUGGUGCCCCAGUCGGCGGAGAACGAAGACGAAGAGGAGAUGGAGGAGGACGCGAAAGGCACCGCCGAAGACCAGAACUUCCACAGCUUCGUGCAGAACCACCUGACUGCCCAGCAGAGCAAGCGGGACAAGCUGCAGCUGGAACAGGAACAGGCUCAGCAGUAAAUGGGCGGAAUGGGAUCCUCGAUGGCGAGGUGGUCGUGAUUUCGAGUUUUCAUCUUUAUUAUUUACUUUAACAAGCAAAAACAUUCAAUAUAGUGUGUGUUCGUCACUUGCACCUCCGAUAUUUGGUUUGUAUAUAUGGACUUAGUUUAGCUUUGCAAAUUAGUGAUAACAUAUACAUAUGGAGGAUAUAUCCCGCUCGUAAAUGUAAAUGCAAGCCUCAUACUUUGCGUAACUUACUCUGUAUAUAUAUAUAUGUAUGCAGAUAUAUAUAUAUUUACAUUUAUGCUGUAUGUAUCAUGUGUGUGUGUACUGCGUUGAGCAAAUAAAUUGUGUGUCGCGUGUGUUGGCUGCUGCGCCCGAUAUCUUA